AAACCUUCCCCAAAGCUUUCUGAGCAUGUAGAGGAUGUUGGCGUUGGUUCUGUUGAACAGAAAACUGAGAGAAAAACUGAAGACAAAGGGAGACCAGAAGAAUCUGUGGAUAUGGGUGAUGCGGUGAUUGAGCCAAAACCUUCCCCAAAGCUUUCUGAACAUGUAGAAGAUGUUGGCUUUGGUUCUGUUGAACAGAAAACUGAGAGAAAAAGUGAAGACAAAGGGAAACCAAAAGAGUCUGUGGAUAUGGGCAAUCCAGAGAUUGAGCCAAAACCUUCCCCAAAGCUUUGUGAACAUGUAGAGGAUGUUGACUUUAGUUCUGUUAAAGAGAAAACUGAAGCCAAAAUGAAGCCAGAAGAGUUGGUGGAUUUGUGUGAUCCAGAGAUCAUUCCAAGACCUUCCCCAAGAGUUUCAGAACAUGGAGAUGAUGUUGACUUUGGUUCUGUUGAUGAAAAAACUGAAGCAAAACUGAAACCAGAAGAGCCUGUGGAUAUGGGUGAGCCAGAGAUUGAGCCAAAACACGAAGAUGAUGUUGAUUUUAGUUCUGUAGCAGUUGAAAAAGAAACUGAGAGAAAAGAUUUGGGGCUGAAGUAGAGCAAGAACCAUCUAUGAAUUUGGUUGACUCAGAGGUCAAGGUUAAAUCUUCUUCAAAAGUUGAAUGUGGG